AUGUUGGCCUCUCUGCAGGGCAGCCCCUGGCCCCUGACCCGUCGCCAGUGCCAGUCCCCUCCCGAUUGGCCCCGGGGCCUCCCUCCCGUCCCCGUUCGGUGGCACCGUGACCCCUGUGCCAGCUCAGCCCGGGCAGGACGGGCCCUGCCUCGUCCCGCUGAUGGGUCAAGCCCAUGCUGCCCGUCCUCCCCCGCAGACCCCCGUAACGGAGCGGGGCGAGAGUCCGGGGCGAGAGACUGGAGCGAGAGCGGGGGCGGGGGCCGGGGCCGUGCCGGGGGCAGCGGCCGUGCCGGGCAGCGGGGCAGAGGCGAGGGCAGUGGGGCGGUGCCUGCGCCGGGAUCGGGCAGGGCCGGGCAGCCCUGGGCGGCGUGGCAGGGCUGGGGCACCGGGAACCGGCCGCAGGGACAGGCCGAGCCGGGGACAGGCGGCGGGGCCGGCGGUCCCGAGGCCCCGUGCGGAGCCCGCUGUCGGCGCAGCACCGAGCCGGGCGAGGCUGUCAGUUGCCGGGGCGGGCCCGGCGAGGCGGCCGGGCCGGAGCAGGCCGGGGGCGAGGCCGGGCAACCACCGGGGCCGCCCCGCUCCGGGCACGGCGGAGCAGGGGGUGCGGCGGCCGCCGGGCCUCCGGGGCCCGGUGCUGCCGGCGAGGGCCGGUCAGAAACUUCCAGCCACCGAGCCGUGCUGUGCUGUGCUGUGCCGUAUCGUGCCGUGCCGAGCCGAACCGUGCCCCGCAUGGCGCGGAGGAAGCGCAUCGACCCCCGCCCGGAGCUGCCCCCGCCCCGCAGCGCUGCCCACCCGGCAGGGCAUCGAGCACCGGGUCCGGGUCUGCGGGGGGAUGGUUUAUACACCCAGCGCCAUCGCGGCCCCGCGUCCACCUCGACCGGGCAAGCGGCACCGUGCCCGCUCCACCGGCCUGACCCGGCCCGGCGGGGCUGUGAGCCCAGGGGUACACCAGGGCUGCGGGCACGGGGGGCUGCGGGCACGGGGGGCUGCGGUCUCCGCGCUCGCUGCCCGUCCAGCGCUGCCCGCUGCCCAGCCACUGUGUCCGGGCGUGGAGAGAGCGAGCGCCCGCCCCCGCCUUCCUCCUCCCCCCGGUGCGGAGCCAGCGCCUCUCCCCGGUGCGGGCUCUGGUGCCCCGGCGCGGGGUCGGUGUGUAUGUGUGUAUUUGCGUGGGGCUCCCCCCGCUUCGCUCCGCUCCGCUCCACGCCGAGCCGAGCCGAGCCGUGCCGUGCCGUCCGCCAGAGCCGUGCGGCCCCUCCCCGGGCGGGAGCGGCCUCCCCCCCGCGCCCCCACCCGCGGGCUGUGCCGGGCGCGGAGCCCCCUCCCUCCCGUUCCCUCCCCGUUCGCUCGUUCCCUCUCCGGACUCGGCUGGCUCCGCACGGCCCCCCCCGCGCGGGCAGGGCCCCCGCACGGCACGCCGGGAGCCGCAGUCCCCCGGGCCGGUCGCCGAACGGCCGGUCCGUCGUUACCGGACUACAGCUCCCGUCAGCCGCCGCGGCGGCGGCUCGCUCUCGCCCUCACACUCCGGCUGCCGCUGCCAGUGUCUCCGCCGCCGCCGCCGCCGCCGAACCGCCGCUCGCAGCGCCCAGGGUCCGACCCGCCACCCGGGCAGGGGGGCCCGCCUCGGCCCGCCGCCCCCGCCGCCGCCCGCACGGCUCGGGAAGCAGGUGCGUGUCCGCCGGGUCCCCCCGUGAUCCUUACACACACACACAACCUCCUGUCCUCCGCCCCACCGACCCGCAACCGGACGCCCGGCCCCCGCUGCCCGGGCACCCCGGACCCGCGCAGCCCCACACCCACCGGUGGGGCGGGGGGAUUAGGGGGGAAAGCGGAGGGGAACGGGCGGCUCGACACCCCCCCACCCCCCACCCCCCCGCCUGGACGGGGUCUCCAUGGAAACGGUCCCGGGACACCCCCGGGGAUGGCGUCGCGGGGGGGUCGGGAGAACAGCGUCCUGCGUCGGGACAGCGGCGGGACCGGCGGCCACUGACAGCGUCGGGCCGGCGGAACGGGCGGGCAGACGGCGGGCUCCGUUCCCUGCCCCGCGACGGCGCGGCGUGCCUGCUGCCCUGCCUGGCGCGGUGGCGGCUCCGGCACCGGCACUGGUGGCACCUGCCGCUCCCCAGGGCGGCGCGGGGGGUCCCGGGGCGGCGGGGCGAGGCGGGGCGGGGCGGCGGCCGACAGCAGCGGGACUCCCCGGGAGUCGCGGAGUUUAGCGGUGUGGCUCGAGCCUUGCCCCUACGGAGCCGGCCGUCCCCGGCCGCACCGGCAGCGGCAGCAGCAGCAGCAGCAGCGCCGGGCGAUGGCGGAAGAGCCCUCCCCGGGGGCAGCGCGGCCGCCGCCGUCGCCACCUCCAUGUUCGGGGCUGCCCCGGUGUGGCAGCGUGGGGGCUGCGGGACGAGAGGCGGCAGCAGCUCCGUUGGAGAGCGGCCCCGGGGGCAACUGUUGAGCUGGGGGUGGGCACCGGGGCCGGUGGGGGUGCUGCGGGAACCGGCGGCCCUGCGCUGGCCGGCCCGGCCCGGCCCGGCCCGGCCGCAGUGGCCGGAGAUCGGGGAGCUGGACGUGGGGAUGGGAGGGGGUUCAAGCGGGGGAUCUUCCCCAUCCCCCGAAGGUCCCAGCCCCAGGAUCGGGCCGGGCCGCUCCGAGCCCAUGGCGGGGUCGUGGUCGGGAAGCUGCGGGACCGGACGGGAGGCGGAGGAGGAGGCGGAUCCUGCUGCCCGCACCGGGGAGGAAACCAAAACUCCUUCGGUGCAGCCUCGAUGCUCGGAGGGUUCCUCGCUGACUGCCGGCGAGCAGCAGCGGAGCCUGCAUCCCAGCGAGGGCACAGCCAACCGGGAACGGCACCGGGAGAAGGGCUCCCUGCCGGUGUUGGGGGAUCCUGGCGAGGGCCGAGCCGGUGCCGCCCGUACCCCCCGCAGCCCCGGGCACGUGCCACCGCGUUCCACUGCCAUCGAUGUCACCGGGGUGCAGGAUGUGCUCCGAGUCCCGCUUGGCUUCCUAGUGCCCGACCUAGAUUUAGAUUUCGUGGCCAUCCAGGAGGAACCCCACCCUGCCUUCCAGUUCUGUGGAGGUGGCCAGCUGCAGAAGGUCAUGGCUCUGGCUGACCUGACCAAAGCAGGUCAGACCAGGUGGCAACAGAAAUGUGACAUCUCUUAG